AUGGAGGACCUGGUGGACCUAGAGGACCUGGUGGACCUGGAGGACCUGAGGACCGGCGGCUCGUCGGCUCUGAACGUGUUCGGACGUGUUUACCUGUGGCGGUGUCCACCUGUUGCCAUGGAACCGGAGCUGCUGAUUGGCUGGCAGCAGGAGAAGGCGGAGCUUAAACAGGAGGUGGGUCGUCUGCAGGACGAGCUGGCAGAGAGUCGAGCGGAGAGAGAGGAGCUGGAGUCCAGGAGCAGAGCUCUGAAUGACAGGCAGAGGAUCAGAGAUGAACACAGUGACUCUCUGGAGAGCGCCCUCAUCAGACUGGAGGAGGAACAGCAGAGGUCAGUCAGUCUGGUCCAGACCAAUGGUCUCCUGCGGGAGCAGCUCAGCCAAUCAGAGCACACCAACCAGGUCCUGAGGGAGGACCUCCAGAAGCUGACAGCUGAUUGGACGAGAGCAGUGGAGGAGUGUCGGUCAGGUCAUGUGGGUCAGCAGCAGGCUCGCUUGUUGUCAGUCUGGAGGUCUGUAGUUGCUCUGAGGCGACAGUGUCACACGGUUAAAACAGCUGCUGACAGCUGUGACUCCGUUUCCUCCUCCCUGCGGCUCAGCGCUCCUCACAUCAAACCUUCCUCCUCUUCUGUGCCUCCCCCUGUUCUCCUCUUUGACCUGCCUCCCCCCUCAUCCUCUCCCCCUCCUCUGUCCUCCACUCUGGUCCUCCCUCCUGCGGACUCCUUGGCCUCUGACCCUCCUCUCGUCUCCUCCUCCACCCUGGGAACCUUCUCCUUGCGGGAGCUGGAGCACAAAGAGGAGGAGGAGGUCCUCCACAAGGCUGAAGUCUCUCAGCUGAAGGAGCGAGUCCUGAACAGCAGCAGCAGGACUGUGUCUCUGUGUGUGUCCUCAGACAGCGUCCUCAGUCUGGACCUGUCCUCCCUGCUGUCUGUCCUGUCUCAGACAGAGAGCACCCUGCAGUGGAGACAUGAGGAACUGCAGGGGGCAGAGCUAUCUCUGCGGCGGCUCGGCGAGGAGAAAGCAGCUCUACAGCUGCGACUGAAACAGCUGGAGGACGACAACCAGCAGCUGGGGCGCUGGAGAGAGAGCAGCUGGACAAACAGAGGGCAGAAGAAGAAGCAGACGGAGGCGAGGGAGGAGCAGCUGGAGAUUCUGCUGAGAGAAACCCGGGAUCUCCUGGAGAGAGAGAGGAGGGAGGCAGGAGAAAAAGAUGACAGGAUCUCCUUCCAGGUCAGGGAGCUGCAGGAGGCUCAGUCAGAGAGUGAGGGAGUAAGGAGGAGAGCCAGACAGAGGGAGGAGGCCAGCAUCAGGCUGGAGGGGGAGGUGAAGGAGUGGCAAGAGAAGGCAGAGCGGAGUACGAGGGAGGCAGCAAAGGUUAGCCACCUCCUGAAGGAACGAGAGGAGGAGGUGCAGCAGCUCAGAGCCACCUUGGAGGAGAGGGAAGAGGAGGAGGGGAGAGAGAAGGAGGCACUGAGGAGAACGGAGGAGGAGAGGAGGAGGAGGCUGGACAAGAAGCUAAAGGAGGUGGAGGAAGAGAAGAGGAGACUGGAGGAGAAAGUGAGGGAGGUGGAGGAGGAGCAGGAGGAGGAAAGGGAGGCGCUGAGGAGAGCAAGGGAGGAGAGCAGCACGCUGGAGGACAGAUGGGAGGAAACGAAAAACGAAGUGAAGGAGCAAAGAGAGGAGCUGAGGAGGACAGAGGAGGAGAAGAGGAGGCUGGAGAACAGAUUGAUGGUGAUGCAGGAGGGGAGAGAGGGAGAGGAGGAGGAGCUGAGGAGGGUGAGGGAGGAGAAGAGGAGGCUGGAGGAUAAGCAGAUAGACAGGGAGAAAGAAAUGGAGGCACAAAGGGAGAGUCUGAGGAGUAAAGAGGAGGAAAAGAGGAGGCUUGAGGAUGAACUGAGGAAGGCCAAAGAGGAACGAGGGAGACUGGUAGAGACUGAGAGAGAUCAGCUCCUCCUGGUGGAGGAGAAAGGGAGGUGCAGGGUGAGAGAGCUGGAGGAGCAGAUGACAGGACUGUCAGUAGAGCUAAGGAGGAGGGAGGGGGAGGUGACAGCUCUUAGAGAGGAGGUGCAGAGGGAGAGGGUGAGGGCACAAGACGAGCUGAGGAGGAGGAGAGAGGAGGUGUCUGUACUUAGAGAGGAGGUAACAAGGGAACAAAGGGAGAAAGAGGAGGCACAGGAGAACCUGAGAAAGAGGAGAGAGGAGAUGACUGCUCUCAGAGAGGAGGUGCAGAGGGAGUGGAGGCAGAGGGAGGAGGUGCAGGAGGAUCUGAGGAGGAGCAGAGAGGAGGUGACGAGGGAGCAAAGGGAGAAGGAGGAGGUGCAGCAGGAGCUUAUGAAGAAGAGAGAAGAGGUGACUGCUCUCAGAGAGGAAGUGCAGAGGGAGUGGAGGCAGAGGGAGGAGGUGCAGGAGGAACUGAGGAGGAGAAGAGAGGAGGUGUGUGUACUAAGAGAGGAGGUAACAAGGGAACAAAGGGUGAAGGAGGAGGUGCAGGAGAGCCUGAGGAGGACUGAGAAGGAGUUGACAGCUCUCACAGAGGCAGUGAAAAGGGAACAAGAGGAGAAGAAGGAGGCACAGGAGGAGAUGACAGCCCUUAAAGAAGAGGUCCAGAAGGAGCAAAGGAGGAGGGAGGAGACCCAUGAGAAGUGGAGGCAGAGGGAGGAAGUACAGGACGAGCUGAGGAGGAGCGAGAGGAAGCUGUCGGCUCUUAGAGAGGAGGUACAAGAGGAAAAACGGGAGAAGGAGGAGGCGCAGCAAGAGCUUAUGAAGAGGAGAGAAGAGGUGACUGCUCUCAGAGAAGAGGUGCAGAGGGAGUGGAGGCAGAGGGAGGACGUGCAGGAGGAACUGAGGAGGACCAGGGGUGAGCUGAUGGUCAUCACAGAGGAGGUGCACAAGGAGCAGAGGGAGAAGGAACAGACACUGGAGAAGUUACUGGAGACGGAGAAGGAGGCGACAGCUCUCGGACAGGAGGCGCAGCAGGAGCGAAGGAGGAGGGAGGAAGUGCAGGAGGAGCUGAGAGGAGUGCAGCAGAGUGUGGAGGUGAUGUCAGUGAACCUGAGCUCCCUGCAGACUCAGGUGUCCGGUCUGAGUCAGAGCAGGGAGCGAGCCAGGCAGGAGGUGAAGCUGAAGGAGGAGGAGAUGCAGCAGAUGAAAGAGGGUCUGAGGGCCGCGCUGGAGGAGAUGACCAACCUGAAACUCCUCCUGCAGGAGAGCCAUGCUGAGGGGGAGCGUCUGAGGAGCGCUCUGAAGGAGAAGAAGGAAGAGGCGGAGAGGAUCAGAGAGGAGAACCUAAGGAGUGUCAGGGAGGGGGUGCAGAGACCGAGAGGGGAGGUGGAGAAUGAAAGAGCAGAGGUGGAGGAGCUGAGAGCCAGAGCCAAGGCCCUGGAGAGGAGGAGGAGGGAGGUUAUGGAGGAGCUGGAGGAGGCGCGACAGACGAAGGAGAGGGCGGAGGAGGAGAGGAGCAAGGCCGAGGAGCGAUGGAGGAGCAGAGUCGAAGAGAUGGAGCAGGAGCAGGAGCUGAAGCUGAAUGAUCUGCUGGGAGAAAUCCAGGCACUAAAGGAGAGACAGGAGGAGGCUGAGAAGGAGUGGAGGUCCAGGGUGGAGGAGAGAGGGAGGGAGGUGGAGGAGAGCCGGGCUGAGCUGUGCCGGGUCAGAGCUACGGCAGCCAUGUUGGAGGAGCAGAAAACACAGAUCUCCCCCCUGGCUGCUGAGAGAGCAAGAGAGAGGGAGGAGGAGAGAGAGGAGGAGAGAGAGGAGGUGGGCGGACAGAGGAGCAAGAGGAAGGACCAAGAGACAGAGGACAGAAAGAAAGGAAGAGGACAGGAGGAGGAGGAGGAGCACAUCUCCUCUCUGCUGCAGGAGAAAGAGGAGAUCAGGAGGCUGCUGAGGCAAAGAGAAGCUGAGGUUUACACUCUGACUCAGAGGAGCCAGGAUCUGGAGAGGGACAGGGAUCGAGUCCGAUUGGCUCUGGAGCGAACUGAGGCAGCUAUGAUUGGUUACAGGGAGAGAGCCCACCAACAGGAGCAGAGCUCGGGGGCGGGACCUAACCCAGACCAGGCUGUCGGGGACAGACUGGUGGUCCUGCAGCGUCUGGUGGCUGAGCUGGAGCUGGAACAGAAACGACUGAACAAGAAAAACUCUCACCUGGAAAAUCAGAAGGACAAACUGAAGAGAAACAGAGACACACUGAAAGACACACUGAGACAGGUGGAGGAGGAGCGUUCAAGGCUCAGACAGCAGCUGAUUGACACGAGAUCUCAGACCGCAGACACCACAGAAGAAGAGCGUCUGAGGAGCCGAUUGAGGGAGCUGGAGGACCAGGUGAGUCAGCUCCGUCUCUCAUUGGCUGUGGAUCAGCAGCAGAGGGCGGAGUUUAUCCAGCAGUCCUCCAGAAACAGCCAGUGGCUGCUCUCUCUGAGACACGACCUCAGUGAUUCGCUAGCCACCGUCACACGCCGUCCAAUCCCGUCUGUCUUAGAGUCUGAGACGCAGCGAUUGGACCGCAGCCUGAGGGAGGAGGAGCUUAGAAUGUCCCUCAGCCAAUCAUAAUGCCUGAAAAUAAAAAAGACUUAAAACCUCAACAGGCUUUAAGAAAAAUCUCCUGUUCUGUUGCUAUGGAAAUGGCUUGAUUAUUCAGAGCCAGAUUUUACUGAGUUUUUUAAAGAGCUGUCUUCUGAUUGGCUGAUUGCAGCAGUCAAGUCACAGUGAAGACUCCCUGUGGAGUUUAAAGCUGUUUGACCACAUGAAGUCAUGUAACCGUUACUGAUCAGUUAUUUAUUCCGUUGUAUUUGUUUUCAGUUUUCAUCUGUCACUUUGACCCCUGAGCCAUGACAUUACAUUUCCCAUGAUCCUUCAGUCUGAGCUGAGACUGUCUUGUGAAGGUCAGAGGUCAGCUGUGUGUUUGUAUAAAGUUAAAUAAAGUUUUUAUAUCGUG